AUGGUGAAAGCAUUGACUUUACAGAUUGAUCGUAAGUUAUUUCAAAGAAACAACUUUUUAGAAGAGUUGCUGAUAAUGAGUUCGCUUGAUGACUGGUCUCCUCCAGUUUCUCCAUCGAUAAUUGCCGCUAUGGAGGUUGAUGUCAUACCAGAAACCUGCUCAUCUCAGACUGAAGAUUACUAUGCACCUGGGAACCGAUCAAACACUGCAUCCCCAUCAAAGUUAAGUGAUAUUGGAGAUGUAUUUGGCCAGGAACAGAAUCUAGAUGACUUUCCUAUCACAUCUACACAAUUUGAUAAUUUGAAUGAUGGUCAGGUAUGA